AUGCAUAAGCUCUUUAACUUGGCCUUCUAUGGCUUCAGGUUCAGAGAUGAUACAAAAUACCUCCUGAAUGUCAACUUUAACUCCCUUCUCUUGGUCAUGGCCAAAUACAUCCAGCACCUGGUUCUUCGAACAUCACGACCACACGGCUACUUCUUCGCAAGGAGGUCUGUUCUGAGUGUUCUGGAGAAGGGUGUAAGGUGCAUUCAACUGGGAGAGAGCACUCAGCUCAGAGAGUGGCCCAGCGAUGUCUUAUACGCCAUGCACCGUUUACUGGACCAUGGGGCAGCCAGUGAAGUCAUCAUAAACCAGAGCCCAGAUCCUCGUCUGCUGGCUUGGAUUCUUCACGGCAGGGGACCUCAGAGUAAAAGCCACCAAUGUCCAAUGGAGUCCAGGCAAGGUGAGAUGGUCAAAUGUGCCCAAGUGGCAAACACUGCAGGAACCACUGCUGGAGAUGCUGAAGCAGCCAACUGCCAGGUCCCAGAGGAAGAGGAGCCUGAUGAAGUGGAUAAUAAUGGUGGGACUCCAUGCAAGCAUCCAAGGUUGAGUAUUGCCUCAGCGAAGGCAGAGCUUGACUUGACCAGCUCCCCAUGCCAAUGUAUGGUCCCCAAGCCACUGUGCCAGAUGUUUAUUCCCUCGGCUGGUCACUCGACAGAGAUUUGCUCCAAGGGACAAAUCCAUUCAGUAAAGAUCAAUGAUAUCAGAGGUGGAGUCUUCCCUGUACUACUUCCUCUCCUGCCUUCUUGGCUGUGCCUCCACUCUCUAAGCCUGCAAAGUGCUUGUAAGUGUACAAUCUCUACAGUCUAUUCUGCUUUAUGUGUUUAUUACAAAGCAGUGGUAUGCUAAAAAGGACAUUUAUGAAAGUGGAAUGCACUCUUUGGUUGCAUCCCAAAUGGCACCCUAUUCACUUUAUUGUGCACUAAGGUCCCUGGUCAAAAGUAGUGCUGGAAUCUUAUGGGUCCCAAAUGGCACCAUAUUCCCUAUAUAGUGCACUACCAGGGUAAGGGGAAUAGGGUACUAUAAAGGGUAUAGGGUGCCAUUUGGGACACGGCCUUAGUGUCUCUCUUGUUGAUGCCUCUUGUCUGCAGGGACCUUUGAGGAGGGUGAUGCGUUGAGCCUGGCAGAGUCUCUCCAGCAGCUGUCUGCUACACCAGGCUGCUCCCUGAUUGAGCUGAGUGUGGGGUCCCUGACCCACCCUGCUCUCAUGGAGUCCCUGCUGAAUGCAUGCCCCACCCUCAGGUCAUUCUCCAUGGAGAUCCACCCUGUAGCAGAGUACCACAGAGCCCCACUGAGAAGGAUUCCCCAGCCUGCACACCAAGCAGGUGGCUGACAAUGUAGCAUAUAGACCACGCAAAGUUAUUAAUAUCCAACCUGGAUUAAAUAUGUUUUUGUUUUAUUGUAGUUUAUGGGGCCGGUUUACCAGACACCGAGUAAUCCUAGUCUUGGAUGAAAUGCAGAUUUUAACUAAAGUCAAGUUUUAGUGAGUUGUAGGGUUAGGUGAGAUUAAUUUAACAAGAAAAGUGAAAUCUGAACAUAAGAAAGGUAAACAUAUUAAGGCAUGAAGAUUGCAUAUACGCAUUUAUAAAGCAAUGGUAUAUAAAUGUAUGUAUACUUGAGUAUACUAAAAUUGAGUAGCAGAGAAUUGGACGUCUACAAAGAGCAUUUCUUUUUGUAUUGUAUUUGAGACUUGUCCCAACUUUCCAUUGCUAGAACUCUCACUGGAGAAGCUGUGUGUGAAAGUACCCAAAUUGAGGACCAGUGUGGAGAGUCUGAUGUGUGUGUUGCUACGCUCUCCUCACCUCACCUCACUUCACGUCUCAGGAAUCAACAGCUCAACUAGCUUCUCACCCAGCCACCUCCUCAACACAGUGGCAGGUAACAUGGAGUCAUUUAAAACCACUGUCAACGUAGAGUACAAGUACCACAUUACAUUUUAGUCAUUUAGAAUAAGCAGAUGCUCUUAUCCAGAGCGACUUAGUCAGUGCGUUCAAGUGCUAUUGUCUAGUAGUUUUGUAUGUGUAAGUUGACGCUGCUGUGCUCACAUAAUUUACAUUUCAUUUCAGUCAUUUAGCAGACUAAUGGGCUAGAAUAUGCAUGAUCUGUCUUUUUUUAUUAGUGUGCUUCCACUUGCUUCAGCAAUAACUUUAUGUACUGUGCAUGUGCAACUCUUCAUAGCUGUAGGAUAUAUUUCGGUGUAUUUUCUCCCAUAUGGUAAAAUGGUUAUUGUGUUGUUCUAAUUCAUUUGGUUAAAUAGUUUUUGUGUUCCUGCUGUUGCAGAGUCCAAUCGCCACCUGAAGGAACUCAUCCUGGAGGAUAUCAACCUGUCUGACUGUCACUGUGCAAUCUUCCAGCUACUGGAUAACUACUGUAUGUUGGAAGGUAAAGAAAGAUUUCCAUGAAGUAGUUUCUGUAUCAAAUGAUGUAUCAAAAUUCAUAUUAAUUAUCAGUUUGGGAAUAUGGUGCCAUUUGGGAUGCAUCCUAAUUGUAUUCUCUUGUCUGCUCCAUAAUGACAGCGUUGUCAUUGAAGGACUGUCGGCUUCUGGAGAAAUGCAGUGACAAGGAAGAUGUUGUCCGACAGCUGGUUAAUUCUCUCAAAAAGGUUCCAUCUCUCCUGUCCCUCAACCUGGCUCAAAACCGCCUCGGUAAGAGGCCAAUUUAGAUAUGUUUCAAAGGUUUCGUUCAGACUUUUCUUGCUACGUCCCCCGCCACCUUUUAUUUUUAUUUAACUAGGCAAGUCAGUUAAGAACAAAUUCUUAUUUACAAUGACGGCCUACCAAAAGGCAAAAGGCCUCCUGCGGGGACGGGGGCUGGGAUUAAGAAUAGAAAUAUAGGACAAAACACACAUCACAACAAGAGAGACCUAAGACCACAACAUAGCAUGGCAGCAACACAUGACAACACCGCAUGGUAGCAACACCACAUGACAACAACAUGGUAGCAGCACAACAUGGUAGCAGCACAAAACUUGGUACAAACAUUAUUGGGCACAAAGUUAAGAAGGUAGAGACAACAAUACAUCACGCGAAGCUACUACACCUCUGGACAGUAUGAAUUAGUUUUUUGAAAUGGAAUGUAUGAAUUGAAAACAGCUAUUUUUAUUUUGUCCUUUUAGCCAAGACUGUGACAGUGUUGGGGGAACUCUUCAAAGGACCCUCACCAAGCACAGUGAAAGAACUGGACAUCAGGCAAGUAGCUGUUAUAAGCAUUUCAGUCGUAUCGUAGGCUAUUUUGGCAUUUUGUGUAGAGGCCUAAUUUGUUUUAUGAGAGUUGGGCUCUGUCCCGAUUCUCCACACUUCCCCCAAAGUGUGCGCUUGCAAACUCCCAUUCAUGGAUUGGUGUAAGCAUUGGUUGAAGGGAGUUUCCAGUUCCACCACUGUUAAAUCCAUGAUGGAGAGUGUACAACUGCAAACUUUGAGAGAAGGAUGGCAAAUCGGAACAUAGCCAUUCUGUAUCUUGUAUUUCCUGUCUUGUCGUUGAUAGCUCCAACUUCAUCCAGCCUCCUGAGCUGCUGGAGUUAGGGAGGUUAUUGGAGACCCACCGUCCUCCCGAGAGACUACUCCUCACCCUGAAGAGCAACCCACUGGACCGAGACCUGGAGCUGAGGGACACGGCACUGGGGACGCUCAGUCACCUU